CUGAUAAUUUUUUGCGAAUCGGCUGCAUGGCUCUAUAACACAAAACACGAAGCAGCAGCUUUCAGGAAGCAGCAGCUUCAAGAUUUGCGUCGACUUCAACGUGAGGAGGCGAGACAGAAGCAAGAGUUGCAGCUUGAAGGGGUUAACCUGGCGGAGCAGCAGGAGCGGAAGUUCCAGCAAGAGAAGGCGGUUCUUACGCGGCAGUAUGAAAUUGAUAUGGAGGCCUUGGAGAGGAAGCAAAAACGAGAAAUUGAAGAAGUUGAGAAAGUGCAGGAAGAAGAAUUAAAGCAGGCUCACAAACGUCUGAAAUAUGAACAGGUACCGUGCCCUUCCCUAUGA